CGAGUGACAACAAACAACAAGUUACAACAGGACUAGUCUGUACGACGCGUUGCUUUCGCUGUUAACGUUUAAUACUUUCUGGUUUUUGGGUCCGUGUUUAGCUAGCUUUGUGUAGCAGCGGAUUUGUACAAACACGACGAUGCCCGGACUGUUUACUGAAGCUGGAAGCUAACUAUCCCUCAAUUUUACGAUUUUUCAGACACCCGCCUAACCUGUUACUUGUCUGUCAGCUGCAGCACCUUCACAGGAGACUCAAGGCACUAAUGUGAAGGAAAUCUGAUAGAUGCAGAAAUGAAAGGUAGACCUCCAAAAACAACAAAAAUGAAGCCUAAGAAGACGUCAACAGAUAAAGGCACCUCAGACAUCGUGUCAUCUUCAGCUACAGAGGAAUUGAAUGCUGUGUCAGACAGGAAUUUCACCACUGCCAGCUCUUGUGAUGUAAGUUCCUCCCCAGUUACUGCAAAAAGAGGCAGGAGAAAAACAGGACAGACACAAGAACCCUGCCUGACCUCCACACCAGUGCACAGCCCCUCCACAGACGUCCUGUCCAAUAUUUCAAACUCGCCUCAUUCAGUGAAAGAAGUGGAAUUGGGAGACACUAAAAUCACCACUCGGCCAAAGACGUCAGAGGUAGAUUCAUCAUGUUCCAAAUCAAAAUCCCAAGGCAGACCUAAGAGGGGUCGUGCUACCCUGACAAGAAAUGGUGGACGAAGGGCAUCAAAUGAACAAUUGCAAACCUGCAGUAAAACCAACGGGCCUCCAGCCAAGCGUCGGCGUGGUAGGACGCGGAAGAAUGAGAUUUGCAAUUUAAAAGGAGAAACCACUACUCAGAGCUGUGAACGCCCCAGACCACGAUUUGAACUCCCUGAGUCACCGGAGCAAGAUGAUUCCUUGCUGUCCUCAGAUCUGUCAAUAGAGCUGAGUCACUAUGAGGAACAGCUGCCUUCAUUGCCCUUCCAAGAAGAUGAGGAAAGUGAUGAGGAGGAGGAAGAGCUACCAAGUUUCUUGAUGCAGGCGGACAGAAAGCUCCCGUCCAUUAGAGAAGGUGUGUUUGUGUGGCACAAAUUUAGAAAUUAUCCAUUCUGGCCUGCAUUGGUUAAAAGUGUGAACCGUAAGCAGAAAAAAGCCAGCAUCGUGUUUCUUGAGUAUUCAAGCAUUCAGAAAAAGAAAGGGUUUGCUGUGGCCCUGAAAUCCCUGAAGCCUUUUGAUUGUGAAGAAGCUAAUGAGCUAGUGUGUAAAGCCAAAGAAAAGUUUGAUGCUACAAUUACAUGGUGCUUGGAACUCAAAACAGACUACGAAUUCAAGAUUGCAUGUGGCUCGUUUUCUGGUUCCUUCAUCGAGUACUUUGAUCAUGACAUGAGCUAUCCAGUGAGGAGAAAAUAUCCGCAGGCAGAAUCAGAGCGACUAACUCUGGGCAGUGAUGUGAUGACGGAGGAGCCAUGUGAUGAUCUUAAGGAGGACAGCUUUAGUGAACAGCAGGAGGAAGUAGGCAGGAGUUCAAAGAGACUACUGCCAGACCGAACCCAUGCUGCCCACAACCGUGCUAAUGAGAAACUUGUACAUUUCAUUGUCAAGCAGCGCAUGGUGGAAGGACACCUCUUGGCUGUGAUCCGUGGACAGCAGCAGUCCAGAUGGCUUCGCUCUUUUUUAAGUGCCAGUCGGAGACGGGUGGUGAACAUAUACCUGGAGGAUGACCAGCAGUUGGACCAAGUCUACUGGUACCUAAAUGAGCUCUAUGCAACGGCUGUGGGCAGUGCCUCUUGUCGAGAUGAGGUGAAAUCCAUGGAGCGUGUCCCUUUUGUUCUGGAUGUGCUUCUUCCUGAGGCGAUCAUCAAUGCCAUUGCCGGGGUAGACCAAGUGUCAGUGAAAAAGGCAGAAGAAAAGUACCUAAAAGGACGAUGUAUAAGUAACAGAGAAAGACAGGAGUUUGAUUUGAUGCUUGAGCGGCAGAUGAAAAAGAAAUUCUAGGCACUUGUUCUCGGACCAUAUCAGUCACAAAACUUAAGAUUCUAAGGAAGAGGAUUAAAUGAAAUUUUUUUUUUUAAUUACAAUUUUUUUUUUUUUUUUUUAAGAAAAAGGUUUUGUUCAUAAGUAAUUCAGCCAUACUUGUGUGCCUUGCAAUCAAAGAUAAAUCGCACCACGCUGAUUAAGCUCUCCUUCAUAAUAAUGACAGUAUAUGUAAGCUCAGGACUUCAAGCAUGCAAACUGGAAACCAUAAAUGCUGGCUUUAAAAUCAAACCAUAACAAUCAUGAUCAUAUAAUAACAAUCUCAUGUCUUAACUUUGAUUCAUGCCAGGUUGGUAACAGUAUGUAAACUUUCAAAUUGUGGUUUGAUCAUUUUUUUAAGUUUGUCAUCUGCAUUUGCUUUUGUGUGUUUUUUUUUUUUUUUUAAACUUAUUUUUUAUUAUACAUGUUGUUACACAGUAAAGACUUUUACACACUAAGGGAUGGACAGUGUCACCACAGCUGUAAUCCUGAGCCAAAAAUGUGCUAUUGUGUUCCUGUUUUACAUAAUGAAUGAACUGCUGUCAGUCCAUGAAUUUAGUAAGAAAAUCAUAAAAUGUGUGUGUAAAGAGACGUGCUUAAGUGAAAGUAUUACAUUUUCCUCUAUUUUGUGUAAUUGGAUGCAAAUGAUGAGCCCAUUGCUGUGUUUACAGUAGGGAAAGUAACAUAUUUUGUUAAAGUGAGAAGUCCAUAUAUCCCCUGCAGCAGACAGACAUUUAAACUGACAUUGUCUUGAAAACCUUCAGUUAAAACUCCAUGCCAAGCCUAGUCUCCCAAAAAUUACUUUUGUAUACCACUAAGCUCCAUUCUAAGUUACAGUUUUAGGGAAGCAUAUUUUCUCCCUGUUUACGUUUGCUUAUGACAUAUCACAAAUGUGUUUCCAAUCAACAUGUCUUCGCCAUUUACUUUAUUGUUUUCCAGCGGUCGCUCCUUUUCGACCGGCCGAUCAUACAUUAGAUAGGGCGAGACUCGUCACCCUGGUAACCCAGACAAUGGACAUGAAGCUUCAAACAUGUUGUGAAAGGGUGUAUUUAAAUUCAAACCAUGAUAUUUUCCUAAACCUAACCAGGCAGUGAGUGAACAUGUCUAAAAAUAAUGAUCCCACAGGUUACGCAAACCCUAUUCCUCUGGGUGAAAGGACUGUCUCACUAGCAUGGCUCUUUCAAUGUAAAGAUGUUUUCUACCACAUCAUGCUGUUUCUGUCAAAAUGUAAUUUAAAAUGCAGCUUAGUUAUAUAGGAAUAUCAUUUAUGGGCGAUAGGGUUAGCACGUCUGCUGGGCAAAGCAAGAUCCCAUUAUGACUGCGAAAGAGCUGCAAGAAGGUUUCACUGACACCAAAAGCUCAUUUCUGAAUGUCUGUUUGCUGCAAAUUGACCAAUUGAAAUUUUACCUCUGCAAAGUUUCACUUGUCACUUCAAAAAUAUGAACAUUUGAGAAAAGAGAAAAGAGAUCAUGUGCUAAGCAGUGCAACAUUACCACAUCUGUGUACUGUUUUCAGCCUUUUAUGUUAAUUAUUAACUUAUAAACACCUUUCAUCCCACACCUGAAGUAGUUUUUCUGUUGAAGCAGCUCUGUUCAACGUCAAAUCUUUGAUCUUAGAUCUUCAUCUGCAACUUUUGGCACAGCUUGAGUGACAAAAAUGAGAUAAGGCUGCAGUUUACAGGCCCUUCUUCCUGCUGUUGAUUGCUCCAUAAUAGACAAGUGGGCAGCUUCUCUCACACUGAAACUGUUUAACACAAGGCGAUCACAAAUUAUACAUCUCUCUGCCUAUGCACCACAGGCCUUCCUGAAUUACUUUAGUUUUUAGUUUCCCUUUUCCUGCUUCCUAGUUUAUUCAAGGUUUUUGUUGUUCUUGUGUCUUUUUUAAACAUGAUUUUGAUAUUUCUUUAUAAAUGUGUAUCCAUAUUGUGCAUGACAUUAAAUUAACCAUUACUCUAGAUGUGACUCUACUGCUUGGGAAAUGCAUCAUUUUAAAUAAAAGCAAAGCAAACA